GUAUGUAUAAUUCCCGAGAAUCCAGUUAAAAGCGCGCGAAUCGACAUUGGGACGCUACGGAAUAGAAGACAAGCUUUUAAUUAGUCGAUGCAAAAACUACGUUGAAACAUUGGCACGUAAAGCAAAUCGAACAAGGAAGGGAUCAAAGAGCUAUAGAAGCUCAAACAAACCUGGAAAACAACGACAAAUCCUCAAGGGGAAAUCCGCUCAAUUUCUAAAGUAACUAAGCUUAUGUACUGUAAAACGUCAUGAUAAGUUAAGUUUUAGGUUCUGUUUUCGCCAAGUAGCAGAAGAAAUACAGAAUGAGCAACUUUAAAGAAAGUAGUUUAUCCUUGGAAUAAGAGUGCUCCUAACACUGGUUUUACUAUGCAGAGAGGCCAGAGUUCAUCCCCCAAGGGCAAAAGUCCAAAGGGAGCUCCAGAUCUCAACACAGGGUCUUCUAAGAGGAGAAAACACAAUGAAACAGACAAAAAUGGCACAGCAAUUGCUCAACGACCUGAAUUACGAGGUAAUUCCUCUGAAAGGUCCUCAACUGUACCCAACCCAGCUGAGAGUAGAAUGGACAUAGAUAUUGUGAAUCAAGAAUCUGCUACUUCCAGUCAAGAGAGAAUGGACACCAUUACUAAGGCUUCUGAUAAACCACCUCAAGAUCUCAUUCGUCUUCAAAAAUUGUUUGCAGAAAAUGUUUUGUUGAUAGAUGUAGAUUUCAGCAAGAAGGCAAGCAAGGAAGAAGCUGGAUUAAGCAAAGUUUUAGAGGCAGAAACUGCUAUGAGAAAUACUUGUGGUGGUGUCAUCAUACUUAACAACAGAGCAGCACAAGCAGAAAGUUUUCAAGACAGAGAUAAAUGGCUUUCAAAAUUACAAGAAAUGAGAAACAAAAAGUUAUCGCAAGUAAGAGAUCGAGAUACUGUUGAGGAAAUCCUUGACUUUGAAGGAUUGAACAAAAUUUUCGUGAGGAAAUCCUCAAUUGUUCUGACUGAAGAAUCAAAAUGUCUUCUUCAACGCUGUGAAACUAGAAAUCAACGUGUUACAAGUUACCCUGUAAUAUGCAGUAUCCUUAAGGGGGAAAAAACAACAUGCUGCUGUGUAAGUGAUGAAAAUAAGAUGACAUCAUUCAUCCUUGACAGCAAAAUGCCAUUUCCAGAGUCAAGGAUUGCAGAAUUCAAGCAUCUGACAGGAAAAGAUUUAGCAACUUUGCUUCGCAAGGAACUGAGGGAAUAUGUAGUAGCAUUUGCCAAUACUGCUGGAGGAACCAUCUACUUUGGCGUAAAAGAUGAUGCAUCCAUCGUUGGUCAAAAAGUUAACAAUGAAGAAAACAAAAACAUUUGUCUUAAGAUUGAGGAAUGUUUGUCUUCAAAACUAUGGAUUCAAUAUUCUGGUAAAGAGGUUAAACCUGUUAAAGAUCAGCAUUAUAACUAUGAAUUCUUCCCUGUAGAUGGAGCAGAGGACAACACUUUUGUCAUAGGAAUUCAUAUCUGUAAAUUUGGAGGCAAUGUGUUUUUAGAGAAGCCAAUUUCUCAUGUGCUGAAUGAAGACAAUAAAAUAGUGCAGAUGGAUUUUGAAAAAUGGAUGGGUUUGCACAAGCCUAGUUUAACAGAUAAUAAUGACUACCGGGAGAGAUUUGAGAAGAGGAAGCGGGGAACUUUCACUUACUAUUCUGUAAAAGAAACAGUGAAAGAGUUUGUUGCAAAUUUAACAUCAGCGUCUCAAGGAAAGCUGAAACUGCAUCCAUCCCAUGCUGUCAAGUGGAUCAAACAUCAAGCCUUGGAUAUGUUUGUUGAAACCACAAAGGAAACGUUCAAGGAAAACAAGUGGCAGUCUGGGAUAGCAUACAUUGAAAGGUGCUGGGAAGUCAACUUAGGUCUCCCCAGCACAAAACCAGAUGAUGUCAUCUGUGAUGUUUUAAUGUCUUGUCCCCAAAUGCCACUUGUUUUUGUGUCUCUGACAAAUUCAGGCAACCCUAGUGAGGCCAGCUGCUCUUACAACAGGAAAGUGGCUGCAAAGCUGAAGGCUGCGCUUGUGCAGGAAGCUGGCUGCUUAGAAAAAUUUUAUAUCAAGCCUGUUGUUAUUUCACACCAGCAGUUAGUUUCAGAGGAUGCAGCUUGGAUUUACUCAGAGACCCCUCUCUACCCUAAGACCUACAAAAUGAAUAAUGACAAGUAUUACAAGGUCUUAGAAGCACUUGUGCUGGUUUUGGCCAGGGCAAAUGUGAUGGCUUCUCACAUUGUUGGCCAAGGUCUAUUCAAUUUGCUUACCUAUGAGCAGUAUAAGAUCCUUCACGGGUUCUACGAGCACAGUUAUAAAGUACAAAUCACAGGGCCUCCUGGUAGUGGCAAAACUGUCCUUGCCCUUGAAAGAAUACGUCGUCUUAGGAAUACUGGCUGUUCUUAUGAUGAAGUGCUAUUUCUGUGCUCAAACAAACCACUGAAAGCCAGAGUGAAAAACAUGAUGACUGGUGAUGGACAGUCAUUAUGCAUUGUGAUGACCUACCAUGAGAUGAAUUCUCUUUUCAAAUCAGAUGCAGGUUUCAACAUUAAGCUAGGCAACAUUAAACAUAUCCUUGCCGAUGAAGCCCAAAAUUUUCAAGUGGGUGAUUCCCUUGACUGGUGGUCUAAGUUACAUGCACUAUGCAAUGACAGAGACUGUUCUAGUUUUUGGGUCUUUUUUGACCUUGCCCAAAAGAUUAACAACAACAGUGUAGUGAGCUUGAAGGAAUUCUCUAAGAAAGAGUUAAAAACGGUUAUUCGCCAAACCCGUAAUGUACAUAGGCUCAUUACUAGUAAGUACAUAGAGGUAGACCCACAAGUCAAAGUUGGUCAUGACUUUGAUGGUCAAAGAAUUGAUGUUCUUGUGCCUUCUACAUCAAAUGCUGAUUGCCGAAUGGAAUUGCAUUUGAUGUAUAUUCUUAUUUCUCAGCUACACAAGUUAAUUAUUAAGGAUGGGCACCAUCUAAAUGAUAUCACAGUACUCUUUAGUGAUUCUAAGCAAAAAGACUUUUAUCAAAACUUGUUUGUACAAAGGACAAAAUUCAGUUGUCCUAUAAGAAAUGGGGAAGAAGUAUCAAAGAAUGGUGUUGUCUUUGAUACUAUACGACGCUAUUGUGGGGUGGAUGCUAACAUUGUAAUUGGAUUUUGUCCUGAAUAUUAUAACUCAGACUCUCAAGACAAUAAUGCUUUAAUGACAGCUUUGUGUAGCAGGACAAAAUUGAAAUUAAUUUUGAUCUUGAAAAAUGAAGAAGAAGCUGAUAAUUUUGAUUUGGCUCCAGAAAAGCUGAAACGUCAAAGUGCAUUAGUCAAAUGUGCAAGUGUUAAAUUUGGAAACAUAAAGGGUGUUAGCAAUUUUUCCAUGCAAUAAUUACAGUGCAAAUCGAAAAACCGUCAUCCUCGACUCUGUGACAUUAAAAAAAAUGAUUAUGAUACAUUUCAAGGCUGAUAAACAAUAUCGAACAUGCAACAAAACCAUUAUGAACCUUGUUUGUAAUGGCUGUAUACAGCUAUUGUGGUAGAAAUUUUCAAUCUAGUUUAGGAUCCCAAAUUUUUCAUUAGUUCCAUCCCCAUUUUUAUCUUUUAAAUGUUGAAAGUAUGUAUACUCUAUUUACAUAUUAUAUUAGAAAUUUUAUAGAGUCUUUGUAAAAUUGUUGAGGAAUGAUAACCCUGUUACUAAAUUAUAAACAGUGCAUGCCAAGAAAAAAAUAUUAAAAAUUGUAGUUUUAUGAUAUGAGAAUAAAGAAAGUAUAAAACAUG